UCUACCCCUCUGUGCACUGCAACAGUUUCGUCCCUGUAAGAGCCAGAAAGCGGAAAGGAGAGGGGUGAAGAGAGUUGCUAGGCUUCAUGCUAUGCGAAGGUUGGUAACAUCUGGACGUUGGUGUUCGAGUGAGGGAAGAGAAGGGAUGGGGUUAGCAGAGGUGCUGCUCUUACUAUUUCUGACGUUGGGACCAAUGGGUUCAACAGGAGAAGAAAACACAUCCACAAACAUAACUUUUCCCCUCCCUCCCAACUGCCCAAAAAGCUGUGGUAACAUCAGCUUCGAGUACCCUUUCGGUAUAGGCAGCGGCUGCUUUCGUCCAGGUUUUAAUCUUACCUGCAUAAACCAAACCACUGAUCCUCCUACUCGUCGUAGCCUCUUCUUGGGCGAUGGCACCGUUGAGGUCAUUGAUAUUGAUAUGGACAAUGGAAUCGUGUACGUGAAAACUCCAAUUGUCACCAUGGGUGUCGAUGAGGAAUAUAUCAGCCGCACAUUGAUUGAUCUGAGAAAUUUCCCCUUCUCUUUUAACUUGGACGCAAACUUUACAGACAGUUUCACUAUUUCAUUGGCAUAUAACGAGAUUUUAGUCGCUGGUUGCAGCGCUAAUGCUGAUCUAGUUGAUCUUGCUACCAAUAAAACCAUUCAAACUUGCUCGACUACCUGUUAUGCCAACAGUUCAAGUCCACAUGAUACAGGAUACUGUAGUUUUGACAUAUAUUAUUUGAAUGCUGAGAAUUUGACUUCCUUGGGGAUUCGGUUAACCCGACUCAAUCAGACAGAGCACCAUUUGUUUAACGCCUCUACCAUUAGGGCCUUUAUGUAUAAUCCGAUUAAUUUUACUGGGGAUAUCGAAGGAAUACUAAACGGGACGGAAACACAAGCGAUAGUGACUACCCUAGCAUGGUAUAUGACCGACCACACUAUGUGUAAAGAGGCUCAGAAGAAUAUGAUGACUUAUGCUUGUGGUAGCAACAAUAGUGAUUGUUAUGAUGUCUUUCCUGAGGGAACCCAUAUAAAUUAUACUAUUGGAUACAUUUGUCGGUGUUCGUUAAGUUAUCAAGGCAAUCCCUACAUACCCAAUAACUGCCAAGAUACAACUUUCACACCAUCUCUGCUAAAGAACUGUACAACAAAAUGCGGGAAUGUUAACAUCUCCUUUCCGUUUGGGUUAGAAAAGGGUUGUUACAGAGAUCAGUCAUUUUUUCUAACAUGCAACAGAACGAUUAAGCCUCCCACUCUCUUCUUCCAAGACUCCUACAUAGUGAUGAAUAUGUCGUUGGAGGAAGGGACAUUGGAAGUCAAGAGAAUAGAUGAUUAUGACUACUUUUCCUUCGCAUAUGAAAAUCAACCUUUCAUUAGUUUUGAAGAGCUAAUCAUCUUGAAUUGGAUAAUCACAGACCAGUCCUGCAAGGAUGCUAAGCUGAACAUGACCACAUUUGCAUGUGUCGACCAACACAGCUCAUGUAAGGACAGAAAUAUUAGUAGCCAUGGUCAGAAAAUUUCAGGAUAUCGUUGCGAAUGUAACGAUGGUUACGAAGGAAAUCCAUAUCUCCGUAAUGGAUGUAGAGAUAUUGAUGAGUGUAGCUUUCCCCAAAAAUAUGUUUGCUAUGGAACUUGUACUAACACGAUCGGCAGUUACAGCUGCACAUGUCCACCAGGGACAACUGGCGAUCCUAGACGAGCAUGCAAUUGCUCCAAAGGUUAUGAAGGAAAUCCAUACGUUCGUAAUGGAUGCACAGAUAUCGAUGAGUGUAAAUUCCCCGACAAAUACGUCUGCAAUGGGGUUUGUAAGAACACGAUCGGCAGUUACAACUGCACAUGUCCACGAGGGACAACUGGUGAUCCUAAACGAGCAUGCAUCCCCGACAAAAAACAGACUGUUCUAUUAGGUGUCAUCAUCGGCGUAAGUAAUGGCGUGGGCCUAUUGCUAUUGAGUACGAGUUUGAUCAUCCUGAGGACGAAAUGGAAGAGAAGAAAACAAAAGAGAAUAAGAGAAAAACACUUCCGUCAGAAUCAUGGUUUACUGCUACAACAACUCAUCUCUUCCCGUGAAGAUGUUGCUGAUAGAACAAAGAUAUUUCCUCUGGAAGAGAUAGAAAAGGCAACUAAUAAUUUUGAUGAAACUCGAGUGCUCGGUCGUGGAGGACAUGGAACAGUUUUCAAAGGGAUUCUGUCGGAUCAACGCGUAGUCGCUAUAAAAAAGUCAAAGAUUGUGAAGAAGAGCGAGAUAGAUCAAUUCGUCAAUGAAGUUGCAAUUCUUUCUCAAAUUAAUCAUAGAAACGUGGUAAAGCUUUUUGGAUGCUGCUUGGAGACCGAAGUGCCCUUAUUGAUCUAUGAAUUUAUCUCAAACGGAGCUCUUUCGGACCAUCUCCAUACUUCAGAUGGUAGUUCUGCAUUGUCAUGGGAAGCUCGUCUGAGGAUCGCUGCAGAAACCGCAGGAGCACUUGCUUAUUUGCACUCGGCUGCUUCAAUAUCUAUUUUACAUAGAGAUGUAAAGUCAUCGAAUAUUCUCUUGGAUGAUCACUUCACAGCAAAAGUAUCAGAUUUUGGGGCUUCAAGAUUUAUUCCACUUGAUCAAACUCAUAUAGUCACCGGUAUUCAAGGGACCUUUGGAUACUUGGAUCCAGAGUAUUAUCAAACAAGUCAAUUGACAGAGAAGAGCGAUGUUUAUAGCUUUGGGGUCAUUCUUCUGGAGCUUUUAACAGGAAAGAAACCUAUUUUCUCCAUCGAACAUGAGAAUAAACAGAACCUGUCAAUGUAUUUUCUCCAAGCACUACAAGAGAAGCGCUAUUUUGAUCUCGUGGAAGAUCGUGUUAUGAAAGAAGGGACUAAACAAGAACUUGCGGAAGUUAUUCAACUAGUAGCAACGUGCUUGAAAUUUAAAGGAAGCGAAAGGCCUACAAUGAAAGAAGUGGAGUAUAAACUACAAAGCCUAAGAAGGAUUCGAAAGAAUGGAGGACGUCAUAUUGCAGAAGGUAACGAAGAAACUGAGUGCCUGCUGAGUGAUUCAUCUUAUACUUUCUCCGAUUCAGUUGACCAAGCAACCGAAGGGACAUCCAGGAAUUAUAGCUUAGAAAAAGAAUUCAUGUGGUCACAUUAUAACCCACGAAGUGUUUUAUGCCUUGCCCAUGUCGCCGAUUCAAGUUACUCUCUGACCUGCAGGAAUCCCGCUUUAUCGAACAGGACUGAGGCAGCUGGAAGAGGGAAACGUUAUAGAGAGAGAGAGAGAGAGAGAGAGAGAGAGAGGAUGGGGUGGGUGGAACUGUUGCUGCUACUUCUGACAUUGAGUUCAAUGGGUUUAACAAAUGUAGAAAGCGCAUCGACAAAGGAACCUUUCACUUUACCUUCCAAUUGCACAAAAAGAUGCGGUAAUAUCAGCAUCGAGUACCCUUUCGGGAUAGGCAAUGGUUGUUAUCGUCCGGGCUUUAAUCUUACUUGCACGUACAACACCACCAAACCUCCGAGGCUUUUCUUGGGUGAUGGAAAAAUGGAGGUCACGAACAUCAAUUUGGAUACUGGAAUUGUGCACGUCAAAACACCCAUUGUCACCAUGGAUGUGGAUGUGGAAUCUAUUAAUAUUCCGUUCAUUGAUGUUGAGAAUUGGCCUUACACUUUCAAAUCACUGGACUUAGAACGACGUUAUAUGGGAAGAGGUGGUUAUGCAUAUAAUAGAUUUUAUGUGUCUGGUUGUAACGCCAUUGCCUAUCUAGUGGAUACCGCUACUAAUAGGACUCUUGAUACUUGCCUAACUAUUUGCACUUCUGGUGGAAAUAGAAACUGCACACUUGACCUCUUUGGUUGGAAUAGUACUCUACUGAGGAUUCAAUUAACUCGAUUUCACACCCAAUUGUUUAAUGCAUCGAGCAUCAAAGUCUUUUUAUAUGAUCAAAGAAAUGUUACGAAAGAUGAUCUCAACGAAAUAGUGAAGGGAAGGAGCACGGAAGUGGAGGCUGCUCUAUCGUGGUACAUCCAAGACUAUCCUACUUGUGAAGAGGCUCGUAAGAAUACGGCGACUUACGCUUGCCUUAGCCUCAAUAGUGAUUGCUAUGACGUCACUAAUUAUUAUAACUACACUGAUUAUAAUUUUGGGUACUUAUGUCGAUGCUCGUUUAAUUAUCAAGGCAAUCCAUACCUACCAAAUGGCUGUCAAGAUACAAAUUUUACUCUAUAUCCAGUGAAUGAUUGUCCAUCAAAAUGUGGGACUGUUGACAUUCCUUUUCCAUUCGGGCUAAAGAAAGGGUGUUACAGAGAUGAGGCAUUUGCUUUAACAUGUAACGACACAUCAAGUCCUCCCACUCUCCUAUUCCAAGAGUAUUACAGAGUACACAGUAUAUCGUUGGAGAAAGGGCAAAUAGAAAUUGAGUAUGAACACACUGAGUCCUACAGUUUUACCUUUGAAACGACACCUUUCAACUACGUUGACGAGCCGCCUAUUGUUAGUUGGGUCAUUGAUUAUCAGCGUUGCAAGGAUGCUCAAAGCAAUAGGACCAGGUUUGCAUGUGUCGAUGAACAUAGCUCAUGUUUGGACAUUAACACCACAACAAGCGAUGGUCAAGAUUUCUGGGGGUACCGUUGUACUUGCUCCAAAGGUUACGAAGGAAAUCCAUACCUACGUAAUGGAUGUACAGAUAUUGAUGAGUGUCGCAAUCCCCAAAAAUAUGUUUGCUAUGGAACUUGUAUCAACACGAACGGCAGUUAUAGUUGCACGUGCCCACCUGGGUCGUCCGGUGAUCCUACUCAAAAAGCCUGUAUCCCUGGCAAAAAGCAUACUCUUGUAAUGGGUGUCAUCAUCGGCGUAAGUAAUGGCGUGGGCCUGUUGCUGUUGAGUACGAGUUUGAUCAUCCUAUGGAGGAAAUGGAAGAAAAGAAAACAAAAGAGAAUAAGAAAAAAACACUUCCGUCAGAAUCACGGUUUACUGCUACAACAACUCAUCUCUUCCCGUGAAGAUGUUGCUGAGAGAACAAAGAUAUUUCCUCUUGAAGAGAUAGAAAAGGCAACCAAUAAUUUUGAUGAAACUCGAGUGCUCGGUCGUGGAGGACACGGAACAGUUUACAAAGGGAUUCUGUCGGAUCAACGCGUAGUCGCCAUAAAGAAGUCAAAGAUUGUGAAGAAGAGCGAGAUAGAUCAAUUCGUCAAUGAGGUUGCAAUUCUUUCUCAAAUUAAUCACAGAAACGUGGUAAAGCUUUUUGGAUGCUGCUUGGAGACCGAAGUGCCCUUAUUGAUCUAUGAAUUCAUCUCAAACGGAGCUCUUUCGGACCAUCUCCAUACUUCAGAUGGUAGUUCUGCAUUGUCAUGGGAAGCUCGUCUGAGGAUCGCUGCAGAAACCGCAGGAGCACUUGCUUAUUUGCACUCAGCCGCUUCGAUAUCUAUUUUACACAGAGAUGUUAAGUCAUCGAAUAUUCUCUUGGAUGAUCACUUCACAGCAAAAGUAUCAGAUUUUGGAGCUUCAAGAUUUAUUCCACUUGAUCAAACUCAUAUAGUCACCGGUAUUCAAGGGACCUUUGGAUACUUGGAUCCAGAGUAUUAUCAAACAAGUCAAUUGACAGAAAAGAGCGAUAUUUAUAGCUUUGGGGUCAUUCUUCUAGAGCUUUUGACAAGAAAGAAACCUAUUUUCUCCAUCGAACAUGAGAAUAAACAGAACCUGUCAAUGUAUUUUCUCCAAGCACUACAAGAGAAGCGCUAUUUUGAUCUCGUGGAAGAUCGUGUUAUGAAAGAAGGGACUAAACAAGAACUUGUGGAAGUUAUUCAACUAGUAGCAACAUGCUUGAAAUUUAAAGGAAGCGAAAGGCCUACGAUGAAAGAAGUGGAGUAUAAACUACAAAGCCUAAGCAGGAUUCGAAAGAAUGGAGGACGUCAUAUUGCAGAAGGUAAUGAAGAAACUGAGUGCCUGUUGAGCGAUUCAUCUUAUACUUUCUCUGAUUCAGUUGACCAAGCAACCGAAGGGACAUCCAGGAAUUAUAGCUUAGAAAAAGAAUUCAUGUGGUCACAUUAUAACCCACGGUGAGUGUGUAUUGUACUGGUAUUUAUAUUUGUUUGUAUAGGCAAUGUAACCUAAAGCAUCUUAUGCGCCGGUCAUAAUGUCGUGUAGUUCUCAUGUGGGAACGUUAUGUAGCCAAAUAACUAUGAGGAUUGUUAAGGACUUGUAUUGUCACUGACAUGAUUAUAUCUUAUAAAUGGUCGUAUAUGUUAUCUGAUA